AUGUCGACAGAAAGAGUACCACUCUGGCUGGAUUGUGAUCCUGGCCACGAUGACACAUUUGCCAUUCUUCUUGCCGCAUAUCAUCCGCAGAUAGAGCUGCUGGGAAUCAGUACAGUCCACGGCAACGCCAGCCUGGACAAGACCACAAACAAUGCGCUGUCAGUGCUCACGGCCAUCGGCAAGGAGAAGGAGAUCACAGUCUACCCGGGCGCGGCCAAGGCGCUGUAUAGACCCCCGAUCCACGCGCCCACAGACAUCCACGGCGAGAGCGGACUGGAUGGCACAACCCUCCUCCCCAAGCCGGCUGCCACGGCCGACACCUCCACCUCGGCCGUGGACGCCAUGGCGGCGGCCCUGCGCGCCCAGCCGGCCGGUAAGGCGUGGCUGAUUGCCACGGGCGCCGUGACCAACGUGGGCGCGCUGAUCCUCGCCCACCCGGACCUGGCCGAGCAUGUGGCGGGCGUGAGCAUCAUGGGCGGGGCCAUUGGCAACAAGUUCACGGCCGCGCCGCUGGGCGUGGUCGACGGCGUCGAGCGCAUCGGCAACUGGACCCCCUGGGCCGAGUUCAACAUCCUGAUCGACCCGGAGGCCGCGCAGGUCGUCUUCGGGAACCCCGUCCUGGCCGCCAAGACGACGCUCAUCCCGCUCGACCUGACGCAUCUCGUGCUCGCCACUCAGGAGGUGCAGGCGGAUCUCCUGUACGGAGCGGAUGCCGCUGGGGAGAAGAAGGCGACCGAGGACAUUGCCGAGGCCUACAAGACGACCGGCAUCAAGGGCAAGACGGACCUGCGCACGAUGCUCGUCGAGCUGCUCAACUUCUUUGCCGGAACAUACCGCGACGUUUUCGGCAUCAUCGAGGGCCCGCCCCUACACGACCCCUUGGCCGUCGCGAUCGCGCUGAUCGGCACCGCCUCCGAGAUCCCCUUUUACGACUUUGACCCGGCCUCCCCGGAGGGCCCGCAGCGCCGGGAGCGCUUCGACCUCGCCGUCGUCACCGAGGGCACGCUCGCCGAGGCCCAGGCCAAGGACAGCAAGGUCCAGACGGGGCGGACCGUCGCGAAGCUGCUCGAGCCGGGCAAGCCGGGCGUGCGGAUACCCCGGGGCCUGGACAUCCCGCUGUUCUGGAAGGUCAUCGAGGAGUGUUGCCAGCGCGCGGACGAGGCGAAUGCUGCCAGGGCUGCGGGUCGUCAAUAA